CCCCCCUGCCGGUGGGGCGAUGCCUGCUGGGAGUUGUAGUCCGGACAGAUGCGCUCCCCUGGCGGGGGCUCCGCGCCUCGGCCUGCGUUGGGACCGGGCUGGAGCGGCCCGGAGGGACGCGCAGGUUCGCCUCCAGUCCUGUAAAAGGACCAGUUGGAUUCCUCGCUAAUAUUCAACACACAGGUUUCAGGACUAUCAUUUCAAUUGUGGAAGAUGUCAUCUGGCCUUACGGAAGAACAGAAAAGAAAAAUUGAGGAGAACAGACAGAAGGCCUUGGCUAGGAGAGCAGAGAGACUAGCAGCCCAGCGAGGAGGACCUGGUGGGCUCACUAGCCAACCAUCCAACCUGCAGAAUCCAAGUUAUCGAAGAAACGUGGAGCAUCAGUGUGUGAAACAAGAAGACAAUCAUGUUAGGUUCAUUAGCCUACACCAGCAGACUCCCAAUAGCCAUGUGGUGCAGAAGAGCUAUGUUCAUAAAGGAUAUAAUCACUUUAGCGCACCCCAGCAGAUGGCUGGUUCAUGUGGCUUGCAACAGGAGAAUUGUUCAGAGGGCUCAAACCAAGAUUCGUGGAGUCAAAUGUGCAGCACUAAACAGUCCCUCCCAAUACUCCAGAAUUCUUUGAGUUAUUCCCAUCAACAUUAUUCAGGUUCUGAGCAACCCAAGGACCACCCAGCAUUCAAAAAACCUACAGAACCGUCUCAUCCUAGAUUAACUGCUAAUGAGCAUCCUGAUGAUGUUAAAGGUUUACAAAGUCUGAACAGAUCUGCCAGUGGACAUGUUGACAUGAAAUACAUGCCAUCACCGAGCAGUGCUACCUUGAAUGAUUCUGAAAUGCCAACAAAUGCAGGGAAACCAACCUGUGGGCCCUUCCCGAAAAAGGAUAGCAUCUCACAGUUCUGUGGCACUAUGCGGCCACCCACUCCGUUGAAGGAGGGUAAGAUGCAAAAGGUGGCCAGUGCUGGUGGUGUGGGCUCUACCUUGGAAGUAUCCUGUCAUAGAAAAGUACCCAGUGUUAUCAAAGGAAGGUGCGUGAAGCACAGAGAAGACCGAUUCCGGGUUGAAGUAGGCUACAAUGCAGAACUUGUCGCUGUGUUUAAGAGCAUACCUAGCAAAAGUUAUGAUCCUGCUACGAAGAUUUGGAAUUUUAGUUUAGAAGACUACAGAAGUCUCAUGGAAGCAGUGAAGCCGCUUUCCUCAGUGACUUUGGUACCAUUUGAAGAGAUGGAUGCAACUCGCCCAGCCCUGUGUUCUCAAUCUGUCAGCAGCGGGCCCAGCUUGAAAUCCUUCUUAAAGACAUUCAGCGGCUGGAAGAAACCCUCUGCCACCGUCCGGGGGAAGUGUGUUCUGAUCUCGCGCUCCCGGUUUGAGGUUGAGAUUGGGUAUGCUGCAGAAAUUAUCGAAGUGUUUAAACAGAUGAAUUCCAGGAAUUACGACAUGAAGACCAGAAAAUGGAGUUUCCUACUGGAGGACUAUCCAAGGCUAAUGGAAGCUGUACAGCGCCUUCCGUCGGUAGAGGUGGAACCGCUGCCCAAGCCAGUAAUACAAGCCUUUGCUCCUCAGUUUGACGAGCCCGCCUGGCGUGUCUCAGACAUUCCUGAAGCUGACCUUUCAGCGGUGGAUUCCAAAAUUGUGAUGAGCCUCAUGCCCUUUCAGAGAGAAGGCGUGAAUUUUGCCAUCUCCAGAGAAGGCCGUUUGCUUCUUGCAGAUGACAUGGGCUUGGGGAAGACUAUCCAGGCUAUCUGUAUUGCUGCAUAUUACCGAAAGGAGUGGCCGUUGCUGGUGGUAACACCUUCCUCAGUGAGAUUUACCUGGGCAGAGGCAUUUCAUAGGUGGCUUCCCUCCCUGAGCCCAGAGAGCACCAAUGUCAUACUGACAGGCAAAGACAACCUGUCAGCAAAACUGAUAAACAUAAUCAGUUUCGACCUCCUCAGCAAGAUGGAUAAGCAACUCAAAGACACUUUCCAAGUUGUCAUUAUUGAUGAAUCUCAUUUCCUAAAAAACACAAAAACUGCGCGAUGCCAAGCUGCAAUGCCUCUUCUUAAGGCUGCCAAAAGAGCGAUCUUGCUAUCGGGAACCCCUGCUAUGUCGCGCCCCGCGGAGCUUUAUACGCAGAUUGUGGCUGUCAGGCCAACCUUCUUCCCGCAGUUCCAUUCCUUCGGACUCCGCUACUGUGAUGCCAAGAAGAUGCCAUGGGGCUGGGACUACUCCAGAUCUUCCAACCUAGGAGAACUGAAGCUUUUGCUUGAAGAAUCUGUCAUGAUCCGCCGCUUGAAAUCAGAUGUGCUCUCCCAGCUUCCAGCAAAGCAGCGCAAAAUGGUAGUGGUGGCUCCUGAAGGCAUGAAUGCAAAGACCAAGGCUGAGCUGGCCGCCACUGCAAAGGAGAUGUCCAAAGGAUACAAAAGUAAACAACAGGAGAAGGAAGCUCUAUUACUCUUCUAUAACAGAACCGCGGAAGCCAAAAUCCGUUCAGUCAUAGAAUACAUCCUGGAAUUACUGGAAAGCGGGAGAGACAAAUUCCUGGUGUUUGCUCAUCACAAGAUAGUACUGAAUGCAAUCAGCAAAGCGCUGGAGAACAAACAUGUUGGAUAUAUUCGCAUUGAUGGCUCCACAUCUUCAGCUGAGCGUCAGUCUCUGUGCCAGAAGUUCCAGUUCUCCGAGAAGCACUCUGUGGCUGUCUUAUCCCUUACUGCUGCCAACACGGGGCUGACCCUCUCUUCUGCCGACUUGGUGGUGUUUGCAGAGUUGUUCUGGAACCCCGGUGUUUUGAUCCAAGCAGAAGAUCGGGCACAUCGAAUUGGACAAACCAGUUCUGUUAACGUUCAUUACCUGGUGGCUAAAGGCACAGCAGAUGACUACUUAUGGUUCCAGAAGCAAGGACAAGGUUUUCAUCUCAAGGCCAAAAGACCAAAAACAUCAAGACACUUGAUCACGGCCUUGGAUAGACCAAGAGACUACUACUACACUUGACCAGAGCUCGGAGAGCUAUAUACAUGAAAUUACAACCUAUAACAUUAGUAUAACAACAAUUCCUAUAACAUCACCGCAACAACAAUGCCCAGUGCAUCAUGAGUCUUCCAAAGACACCCAACAUCACAAACUUUGCACUGGAUCCCACACAAUCCUUUUAUAAGGAUGAACAUGGGGGUGCAAGGUGUUCCCCUGAGGCACAGAGCGUCACACCCAUCCAUCAAACUCUCUCUAGAACAUUCCCACAUCAGCAUCAAUUUCCUGAACACCAGGAUCAGCUUCAACAAUGGAACCCUACAGACAACUAGAUACAAGAAACCCACAGAACCAGUAAUAACCACCCCCAGUAUACCAAGAAAUCGGUGGCCACAGAAUUUGCUCCAAGGAGAAAGUCUGAGAUACACACCUUUACACGCUUAAAAUCGCCUUUACCAAGCAAGGAUACUCCACCAGAAAAGUAGAUCACAUCAUGGAAUGGGCCACUCAAAACACUCAAAAAGAACCUGCUUCAGUAUGGAGGGUGGGAACCCUCCAACUGUACACCCCUGGGUGUCACCUACCACCCCACACUGGAACCCAUACAAGGCAUCAUUAAACAAUUACAACUCAUCCUCAAUGGGGACCACAUCCUGAAGCAAGCUCUCUCCCCACAGAUCAGGACACGCCAACUCAUAAUGGCAACUGCACCUGCCAUAACAACAGAUGCAAAACCUGCAGACAUAUCUCCACUGCUACAGUGAUAGACACCCCCGACACACACCUGUCACGGAGUGUGGGGGGGUCAGGGCCCUGCACCCCCCACUUCCUGCAAUUCACCAUGACUCUCAGCCAGACAGUAAAGCAGAAGGGUUAUUAGAUGAUAGGAACACAGUUUAAAACAGAGCUUGUAGAUACAGAAAACAGGACCCCUCACUCAGGUCCAUCUUGCGGGGUAGGGAGGCCAGAUCCCGGUUCUGGGCCUCCCUCCAUUUCCCCCGCCAGCUCCAAACUGACACUCCCUCCAGCCCCUCCUGUGGCCUUUGUCUCUUUCCCCGAGCCAGGAGGCCCCCUGAUCUCUUUGUUCUCCAACAUCUUCAGUUGGCACCUUGCAGGGGAGGGGCCCAGGACAUCAGUUGCCAGGAGACAGGGUAUUCUCUGUGCAGACCGUAUCAUCCCUGCCCUCUAGGGCUCUGCAACAAUCACACACCCUUAUCCCACCACCUAGAUACGUAAGAAAGACAUAGGGGAAACUGAGGCAGCCACACAGUAUUCAGAGAAAACAUUAAGAACGUUCCCACUUCAUCACAACACCUUUCAAGCUCCAGGGAUCCUACACACACCUAUCACAACAUGUUGUGUACUUCAUCUAGUGCACAAAAUGCCCCAAUAGCAACUAUGUGAGUGAAACCAGACAAUCCCUGUGCUCUCAAAUGAAUUUGCACAGGAAAAUGAUAAAAGGCAAAAACGCCAUAUCACCCCGGGGCAAGCACUUUUCUUCACAAGACGAUCACUCCAUAUCAGACCUCUCCGUCCUCAUCCUUAAAGGAAACCUGCACCACACCUUCAAAGAACAAGCCUGGGAGCUUAAAUUGAUAACUCUGCUAUACACCAAAAAUCACAGACUUAAUAAAGACACUGGAUUUAUGGCUCAUACAACAAUCUGCAACCCACUAACUCGCCUUUGUCGUAUUAUUGCAGAGGUGGUAACUGCCCACUUCACCUUGGAAACGGUCUCUUGCAACAUGAGUUAACUCCCUUGUAUUUAGCUGUGACACUCAGUAGAAGAAUGUAAGCUCGAAAGCUUGUCUCUUUCACCAGUAAAAGUUGGUCCAAUGAAAGAGAUUCCCUCACCCACCCUGCCUCUCAUGGUAAAUGAUUCUGUGUUCCUCUGCCUAGAAAGGAGCCUGUGACAUCUUAAAUGCUACCACUUUCCUUUCUAGCAAUAUUUGGUGCUUGUUAUCUUC